AUGACGGAACCCACCGCCGGCCUCACCGCCGAGCAAUCCCACGCCCUCUUCGACAUCCUCACCCACAAAGAAACCUACGCCGAAAUCGAAGCCUUCAAACUCCCCGGCGCCAUCCGCACCUACGGCCCUCCCUUCCAAGACGCCGCCACGCCGAGCACCUCGCCCGUCCUGCAAACCCUCGUCUCCAAAUUCGCCCUCCCCCUGCCCGGCCUGCGCGAUGUCAACCCCGACUUCUGGCGCGUGCAAGUGGAAGAUUUGAUCCAGGAGUUGGCCGAAGCGGAGCUGAGCGAGAGUUACGACAAGGGCGUGCUCGGCGUGCGGAAGACGCUUGCGACGGCCAUUUCGGCGCUUAUCGAGUACCCUGCUCGAGGAUGCUUGGGCGGGGUGGAGAAGAGGGAGGUGAAGAGGCGGGAGUAUGAUGUCAACAACGCGGAGGAUGUGCUGGCCGCUUGGGACGAUUGUUUGCAGGAGCUGGUGUAUGGGGAUUUGGUGGAUGAGUUGGUGGAGAAGACGGCGGAGACGGAUGAUUUGACGCAGCAUAGUACCUUGGUGCAAGGGAUGCAUGAGUUUAUUGUUGUAAAUCUUGCUUCGCUCAUGCAUUAUACGCUCAUCUUGUCGCCGGAGGGCCCGACUCUGCUACGCAUGAUGGAGAAUGCGAAUCGGCUUAUACCUUACGUGGUUGUGCGGCAGACGCUCAAGAUUGGCAAUGUGGCUACGAUGCUCAGUGCGAUGAUGCGGGUGAUUUUGGCCAAGGUGAGCAUGGCAAGCAUGACGAAUUGGAUGGGUUUGAGCACUGGUGCGGAUGAGGGCAUGAACUUGUUGGAGCAAAUCAUUUCGCAAGUCCUGGCAUGGGAUAAGCGCGACCUACGACAACGGGCGGACAAGAUCGAAAAAGACAAGUCCGCCCUUCCGAAAGACGUACGAGACGCACUCAUGGAAUGGGUGACCAACGCGAGCCGCGAAGAGCACGAAGAAUGCCGCCGCAUGAGCCGCGAGCAAGACAUGUCCAUCGUCGCCGUCAUCCUCCUCCUCUCCUCCGGCCCAUCCGUCGACGACCUCACCGAAGCACAACACGCCAAAGCCCUCGAGUACCUGAGUCUGCGCCUGGGCGUACGCGACCGCGAGGAAAUCGUGCGCGUCAUCUGUCAUCGCACUCCGGACCAUCUCACCACCCUCAUCAACCAGUGCGUCACAGCCUACACGCCCAUGAUCCGCCAGGUGCACCAAGCGGUGAACCUCAGCGACACGAUGUGGGAUUUCGAGCGCUUCGUAUCAGACAUGCUGAAGAUGUCGAAGCCCGCGCCGGACAAGAAGGGUGGCGAAGCGCGCGUGCCGACCGUGGAAGACUACGUCGACCUCCUGCACCGCCACCAACAAAGCACGCACAAAUUCCUGCACCAGAUCGCCAAGAACGGCAAAGAAGUGGUAACCUGGUGGCGCGACUACCUGCACAAAGCCGUAAGCCAGUUCCGCAAAGACGGCGCGCAACCAACCUCUUCCACCGAGUCCUCCACCUCAAAGAACAACAACAACAUCCACCAGUCCCUCGCCUCCAUCUUCGCCUCUCUGCCUCCCACCGAGCAAUCCGAAAUCCGCACCGAACUCAACAGCCACGCCACCUACCUCUCAAACCUGCACGCCGCCUCCGCAGCGCGCAUCACCUCCGUCAUCGACCGCACACACUCCACCCCCUACGGGCCCGGCGCGUACCUAGCCCGCUGGCAGAAUCUGCUGGACACGACGCUCAUCACGCCCGCCAAGGCCGACGGGCCGGUACGGAGGGGUGCGAAUCGCGGCGUCAAGGCCGAAGGGAGGAAGGAUGUGGAGGGGAAUGAGGCUGGGUUUAUGGCGCAGGGGGAGGUGGAGAAGGUGGUUGAUGAGGGGAUUCCGGAGGCCCCCGCGGUGGAGAGGACGUUGGAGGUGUUUGGGGCGAGGUUUAGGGAGAUUUUGGGCGGGGGGUGA